AUUGAAAGAAUUUCUAUGCCACCGGGAUGUUUUCCUACAGGGUCCUGCAAUUUUAGGGAAUUCCUCAAAUUAGGGAUCGACUUUUCACAUUUUUAAGGUUCAACUGUCGGCCAUACAGAAUAAGAAUAGUCCUCCCCUUCCUUUAAUCCCGCGUCAUAAUUCUUCGUAUACGGCUGGCUUCCCUUUAACAUCAACAACAAAUCGCUACAUACCUACAUUAAGUUUUAAUUAAAGUGAUUAAUCAGAACAUAAAAGUUCUCUCUUAUACACAAUCUCUCGGAUACAAUGUGAUACUCUUUAUCACAGCAAUCCAUGAUGAUGGUGUUCUCGGGAAUUCUUAGGUCAACCAACCAAAACACUUCUCAUCCCUCACCCACAGCAACCUUUGAUUCAACAUCACCACAACCUUCAUCGACUUCUAAUGAUAGAGGAAGAAGUACUUCGCCUAGAGCGACAUCUGCGUUUGCGGAUCCGGCAGGGAGUCAAUAUAUCCGAGCGAGGGAAAACCUUCUACCCCUAGAUGCCGAAAUACCCGAUCUUCGCGAGUUAAACCAGAGUCUCGAAGCGCUUGCGGCUAUCUUCCCCGAUGUUCAAGUCGAGGUGUUUCGCGAGAUGCUCUCGAGCUUUGAAGAAGAAUCUAGAUUGGCUGUCGUGACGGAAGCUCUGCUUAAACAUAAGAUGAAAUAUGUGAGGGGACGAUAUAGGGUCGCGUUGAAGGAGAAGGAAAAAGAGGGGACUGCUGGUGAGGAAGAUAAGGCUAAUCAACAGGACUGCAAGGGCCAUGUGCCUGUAGAAGAGAAGUUCAGGACAGAAGGAUAUCAAAGGGCUGUAAGGACAGUGGCAUAUCAUGAAUUUAAGGGUCUGCCGCGAUCGACGAUCAAUGCAGUGUUGGCGGAACGUAAUCAUUCGUAUACAUUGGCUCGACCCACACUUGUCGAUUUGUCUUCGAAGUCUUGGCGCUUUACUAUAUCAUCAUUCUUUUCUCGUCGAAAGCCUCUGACGGCGGUCGAAGCAGGGCACCACCCUCUUGUGGUUUGGCAGUCAACUGGGCAAGGUUCUAUAAUACCAGCUAUCAAGACCACGGGAUCGCCGGAAUUGGAUAAAGAGCUAUUUGAUUCUCUUAUCAUACCAUUGCAGGAACGGGAAGUAUUGGAACGAGAGGAGAAAGAUCAUGCUCUGGCACUGGAAAUAAAUAACCAUGAGGCAGAAGAACAGGAUGCCUUGCACGACUGUGGAUGUUGCUAUACUGCAUAUGCAUUUGAAGGACUCACUGCGUGUGAUAUUGGGGGUCAUUUCAUAUGCUUUCAGUGUAUCAGACAUGCAGGUAAUGAGGCUAUUUUUGGACAAGGAUGGCAAAGGAACAUUGAUCUCAACGGUGGAACACUAAGGUGCCUUGCGGCCAUGACGGAUGAAUGCAAAGGAUGCAUUCCACAGGCGCAGGUGCGACGAGCGUUUCUAGAAGAUAAGGGCGAGGAGAUCCUGCGGAAGCUUGACGAACGUCUGAUCGAAGACAGUCUCAUGAAAACUGGACUGCCGCUUAUACGUUGCCCAUUCUGCAAUUAUGCCGAGAUUGAUGAGAUAUAUCUUCCAGAGUCGCAGCGAUCUUGGCGUUUGAAACGACUUGGUCCAUCAUCUAUCUAUACUGUUCUAAUUUUGGUUUUGGGCGUUGGCAUGAUACCCUUCCUUUUACCUUUUUGCAUUCUUUUUUCUUUCUUGUUUUUAUGUCUCUCCUCGAAACGAACAUUUGGCGACUAUGCUGUCGACCAAUUUAAGGACUCCAUUAUUCGCUUGCGUAGGAAGCAACAUGGUCUCAAAUUCGUUUGUCAAAAUCAACGAUGUGGGAGAUCUUCUUGUAUUUCAUGCUCGAAAGCAUGGAAUGAUAUUCAUAUCUGUCACGAGUCUUCUUUACUGGCCUUAAGAACGCAAGUCGAGCUUGCAAUGUCCCUGGCGAUUAAACGUACCUGUCCGCGUUGCAACACAUCAUUUGUGAAGUCUUCAGGUUGCAAUAAAUUAACCUGUGUUUGUGGAUACCAGAUGUGUUAUGUUUGUCGUAAGGAUAUUGGGUCUGGGGAAGGGUAUCGGCAUUUCUGUGAACAUUUUCGACCAAAUGGUGGUAGGCGUUGUACGGAGUGCUCAAAGUGCGAUUUAUAUCGAUGUGAGGAUGAUGAGGUUGUGGUUAAGAAGGCCAAAGAAAAGGCAGAAAGGGAAUGGAUGGACAAGGAGGGUGGGGGUAUAGGUGGUGAUGAGAAAGUCCGAAAGGUACUGGAGCAGAAAUGGAAGAAGGGAAGAGAUAUUGCUUGGUGGGAGGGCGACGGAUGGUGGCAAUGGAACUUGCCAAACGGUGAGCAAAUACUUGAUGCUAUGGUCGAGGCUGUCAUUGAAUGAUCGUGCGUGUGGGAUAGGCAUUUUAUGAUUAUUGGGGUAUACGGAUAUCGGUGGGUAAUUCAAUAUUGGAAUAGGAAUAGGAAUAGGAAUAGGCAUGGGAAGGAAUAGGAUUGAAUAUGCGGGAGCGAAGCGAGUGGGAGUUUUUUGGGAAACGGAUUAGCGAGUGAUAUCGAUAUUUCAGAUAAUGAGUAGUAGUGUAUUGCAGAUUGAAGAACCUCAUGGUGAAAAUUGUAAUUGAAGCUUCGGGAGAAGACUUUGGGGCAUUCAGGGUAAUACAAGCAUGUUGGAAAUAUUGAUCGAUUGAUU